AUGGGGCCUGUCAGCUACUCCUCAGAGACCUAUGACUUGAGCCAGGUAGAGCUGAGUGGUUACUAUGAAGCUGAGAACACCACCCCUUCUUUGGAGGGCUACUUCUGCUUCAACCCAGCCUCAUCUGUGGUUGGCAAUCAGGGAGACCCCUUCAGAAAGGUCUUCAUGCCCCUCAUCUAUCUGCUGAUGUUUGUGUUGGGGACUCUGGGCAAUGCUCUGGUCCUGGUCAUUUUAGAGAGGUUCAAGCGGUCUCGUACCACCACAGAAAACUUCCUUUUCCACCUCACCCUCGCCAACCUAGCACUGUUGCUCACCUUCCCAUUCAGUGUGGUGGAGAGCCUGGCUGGGUGGGUAUUUGGGAGGUUCCUCUGUAAGAUACUCAGUGCUGUCCACAAGAUCAAUUUCUACUGCAGUAGCAUGCUGCUGGGGUGCAUCGCAGUGGACCGUUACCUGGCCAUCGUCUAUGCGAUCCACACCUACCGCAAACGCAGAGCUCGCUCCAUCCACCUCACCUGCACGGCUGUCUGGCUCUGCUCUUUGCUUCUGACUUUACCUGAUCUCAUCUUCAUGGAAGUCUGGACAGAUGACAGCAACCGCAGCAUUUGCUAUUUUCCAGAAGUUGGGAUUGAUGGAAACAAUGCAUGGCUGGCAACUCGCUUCCUCUACCACACCGUGGGCUUCUUUGUGCCUCUGCUGGUCAUGUGUUACUGCUACAUGGCCAUCAUCCGGGCACUGUGUCAGUCCCAGCGCCUGCAGAGGCAAAAAGCUGUCCGUGUGGCCAUCCUGGUCACAGGCAUCUUCCUCCUGUGCUGGAGCCCAUACCACAUUGUCAUCUUCCUGAACACGCUUACCAAGCUAGAAGCCUUCACCAAGAACUGCCUCCUGGAAGACCAACUGGACACAGCCAUCAUGGUGACAGAGGCCAUUGGCUUCACACACUGCUGCCUCAACCCCAUCCUCUACGCUUUUAUUGGGGUCAAGUUCCGUAAUGACUUCUUCCGGAUCCUGCAGGAGCUUGGCUGCAUAAGCCAGGAGACCCUGCAAGAGAUCCUGGAGGUGACAAGGAAGGGUAGUGGGAUAGAGUCUGACAACAUCACCUCCAUCUCCACUUUCUAG